ACUAGCAUAAAGUUUGCUACGACGAACGAAGGAAAACAUUCAACCCUAAAACGAAAAGAAAUUUUGUAGAUACGCACAACACAACGCAGACAAAUAGAGAAUAUAUUAUUGUACAUACUUUUUAGAUUGUAUCGGUUUUAUCUAAAAUAUCGCUAGUGAAAUCACGCUGCGAUGCAUGAUUAAAACGUUCUUCCCCGACGGCGUAUGGAGAAUAUGUCGCAGCUAUCUGCUAUCUAGGACGACAACGACGGCGAGUGAGUGUUUUGUUGUUAUUUGGAGCAACAAAGCGUAGCUGCAGUAAAUCGGUAUCACGAAUGUGACUCAUCACGUUCCACUUGGAAUACUGAUACUGCUUCAGAAAGGAAGAUUCGUUUGAGUGAAGGUUUAGCUGCGCAUCAAGCACAACCGGGAAGAAAAGGGCGCAAUGAUCACACUUGCCCGCAAGAAGAAAGAAUCGGGUAACGGAGGCAGUGGCGGAAACGGUGGUUCCACGACCGGAAAUAGCGGUCCCCUCUCCGAUGCACCGAAACGGAUAUCAAUCCGUGAGUUUCUGCUCGUCAAAGAAGUACAGGAGCUGGAACAGAACUUACCAACCACCUGCAAGGUGACGUUCCACGAUCCGAACGUACUGAGCGAGUUCACACUAGUCAUCAGUCCGAACGAAGGAUUCUGGUGCGGAGGUCGUUUCAAGUUUAGUAUUCUCGUGCCGGAAGAGUACAACAUGGCGCCUCCGAAAGUGAAAUGUCUUACCAAGCUAUGGCACCCGAACAUAUCCGUCGAUGGUGAUAUUUGUCUUUCAUUGCUCCGGCUCAACUCGAUCGAUGGUCUUGGAUGGGCACCGACACGCCGCCUCAAGGACGUCAUCUGGGGCCUCAACUCACUCUUCACCGACCUGCUAAACUUUGACGAUCCGCUCAAUAUUGAAGCGGCGGAACAGUAUUCCAAAGACAAGGAGCGCUUCCAGGCGAAGGUGCGCGAAUACGUAUCCGCAUACGCGAGAAGAUAAUAAUUCAAGAUGUCCACACCCUUUCCAUCCCCACCCCGAGAGACUGUGACCCUCCCGUUCCUGCCUCCGGGCUGGCCCUUGGGUACAAGCGAGCAAGAAGAAGAAGGGAACUUUAAAGAGAGAAGGGAAAAACAUGUUGCAAUAUGGGGAGAAACUACAAUUUCCUAUGUUGCAUGUGAUCCAUCUGAAAUAGUAUGGCCACAUCCGAGGAAGUAGAUUUGCACCGCAGCAAUACACAAAAUAAGUAUACAUUUAACCACAAGAUCAUAUUAUUGGUCAUUAAGGACAGUUGAGUAUAAUCGAUUGCUAAACAUUCAUUGACCAAACGCAGAAGCUUCAAAACCAACUAGUUUGCCAACAGCUGAAAUACGAGAAUACUUAAAUGUUAAGCAAACAACACACUUAAAUUGCUCAACGCAAGCAAACUCAUCUCUUUCAAGUAGAAAAAUAGCAAAGCUUGUUUCGAAUGGUCGAAUGUCGUUGUACAAAACAGUUCGAUCAAAUAAGCAAACCAGUGUUGUAUUAUCGUUUAUCCAUAUUUAAACCCACCCAAUAUUUAACCAAGGAAGUGAUCCAUGCGACUUGGAAAAAGUAGUUCUUCCAUUACACUCUUCUCUCUAAUUCAGUCUCUCUCUCUCUUUCGCUCUCAUCUGUCCCAACAAAAAAGGGCUCCAAUUCAGAUUUGUAAUUAUAAUAAUGCCGGUAAUACUGAUAAUCGAAUUUUCGCAUGUAAGAUUAGCAAUGUCUAGUAAAUAAAAAAAAGUUUAAAAACGCUGUGACUCUAAGAAGAAAACAAA